AUGAGCGACAACAUUGAAGCAUCACCGGCAGCGGCUGACACUGCCAGCGGCCAUGAGGUCGCUCUCAAAGGGCAAGUCGCUGAUGAAGGCUAUGAUAUUUUUGAGGAAGGCAUCGCGCAGUCCGUGCCGCAGGAUAUUGCCAAUGCUGUCAGGCGCAAGAUUGAUCGCCAUCUUUUAGCGUUGAUGUGCUUGCUGUAUGGCCUCAACUAUGUCGACAAAGUUGCAAUGGGAUGGGCAGUAUUGUUCGACUUCCGCAAAGACCUUGGUCUGGUGGGAGAUGAAUAUUCAUGGGCCAGCUCCAUGUUUUACUUCCAUCUUGGCCUGCGAAACUUUGCCGGACUGAUGGUAGUCCGCUUCCUCCUCGGUGUAGCUGAAUCGGUUGUAACUCCUGGCAUUCUGCUGUAUACUUCUAUCUGGUACACCCGAAAGGAACAGGUCUUGCGUACGAUGCUGUGGGCUGCUAUGCAAGGGGCAUUUUCCAUUGUUUGCAGCUUGUUGUCUUUCGGCCUGGGUCAUAUUACCAACACCGCCUUGAGGCCUUGGAUGUACAUCUUCCUAGUCUUGGGCAUUCUCAGCAUCUUGGUAGGCGUCCUCUGGAUCAUUUUUAUGCCGGAAACCCCCAACAAGGCCAAGUUUCUCACACACGAGGAGCAAGUCAUUGCCGUACAGCGUGUUGCGCAGAACAUGACAGGCAUCAAAGGGUAUGAAUGGAAGCACUACCAAAUGUGGCAUGCAGUAAUCGAUGUGAAGACUUGGCUGGUACUGGCAUUUGUUCUCUUCACUCAACUCCCUAAUGGCGGUCUCACAUCAUUCGGAAGCCUGGUUAUCUCAGGGUUCGGCUUUGACGCGUUCCGAACACUGCUCAUUGGCCUUCCUUCAUCCGUUGUCAGUGCAGGGAGCAUGAUUGUUUGGGGAACCAUUUCAAUUAAGUAUGGAAAUCUCCGAACAUGGGGCAUGAUCAUACCUCUGCUACCUGCGAUUGCAGGAAUCGCGGCUGUCUAUGCUACUAUGGAUACGGGGGCAAACAAGUACGGGCGGGUAGUUGCAUACUGGCUGAUCAACUCGUAUGCUGUAACAUGGCCAUUUGUCUUGACUAUUGUCGGUCAAAAUGUCGCAGGCCAUACCAAGCGGGCAUUUACUAACACCAUGCUCCUAAUGGUCUUCGCUGCUGGAAAUAUCGCUGGUCCAUUCUUUUUCCGCAGUCAAGACGCCCCAAAGUACUUUCUUGCUAUUGCGGUAGUUUUGGUCUGUUUCUGCGCGGCACUUUUGACUGCGAUCGUCUUACGAUUGUACAUGGCUUGGCAAAAUAGGCGCCGGGAUAGCAAGUACGGUAACGUUGAUGGAGUCGAGAAGGUUGACGGGAUGAGGUUUGGAAUGCACGACAAGACAGACUUGGAGAAUUUGGAUUUCAGAUACGUUCUCUGA